ACUCACUACGAAGGUAAAAGCUUUCGUGGUGGAUCAUCGUCAGCGAUCGCAACACAGGGCGCAUUUAUUGCCCGUCCUCGACACUAACGCACAGUUAACUGCCGUCUUCCGUUUGGACCGGUUCGCGGGUACGUUGUGACUGUUCGGUUAAUCGGGCGCGCUCGCGUCGAUGACACCCUUGGUGUGAUUGUUCAGCCCCCUUGUGUUUUUUUUAAGCGAAGUAGCUUAAGCUGUUUAUGAGGUGUACAACAAACGGUGGUUGUUGUGGUGCGAAUAUCUCUGUUGUGUUUAACGUUUUGUGAGGCAAUCCAAGCUAUCUGAUUGUGGUUAGAAGUAACAUAUCUAUGCAGUGAUUUGUGGAUGCGGAUAACGGGUGUAUGCUUGGUGCAAUAAGUGGUGAAUUUAGGUGCGUUUGAAGGAAUUAUGUGAAGAAUAUAUUGAAAGAAUCAAACCUGUUUGUGAAAAGCUAGCUGGCGUACGUGUAGCAUCUAGCUGUGGAAAGAAAAUAUAACAUCAACGUUUAACCGAUUCGUUUGUCUGUGCAGCAUCGCGCAUCUUCUUUCGUUCCAGUGAUAGAAUCUCGUCACUGAACCCCAACGAAACGAUAGGCACGCUGCCUAGAAGGGUGCACUGCUCGAAAAUGAAUUCCGUAACUCCCAAACUUCAUCCGCGUUGGUGUUAGUGGACGUUGCAGAAGGCGCGUCAUCCUCAUCUAGUGUGCAUCGUUCCCGCAAAAUCCAGGCAUGGUGGUGCAUGAACCAUGAAGCCCAUCACAUUCGAAUCGAUCCGGAACCUGCUGAAGACGAAAAAGAAACAAAAGGACAAAUCCAACAUCGACCAAAGCUUCAAGCGGAGUGAUUCGUUCAAGCGAAUUAGCAUCCGGAAAAGUUAUCUCGAGCGAGGUCGCAAGCGCAAUGCAGCAGCGGUACUCCGAGGAUCGACCAAAAAUCUGGUCAACAUCAAUGAGUUCGAGGAUCAGGCAAAGGUUGUGAAGGGACCCGAGAAGCUAAAGGUGAACGGAGAUGGGGAAAGCGCCCAGGAGAAAGAUGCUCUGGAGGUGCAGACAGGUGCGUCCUCUUCGAUGCAGAAGCGAGCGUCCCCACCGGAACUCUCCUUCGAGGAGAAGCUAGAGUCGAACGAUGCGUCAUUGGAUGAAAAAAUUCGCGCCCUCCAGGAGAUCAACGAUCGGUACAUCAAUGAAAAUCGCAACCUCGUGGAAAAGACGUAUGAGGUGUCCAAGAAGGUAGAGAAGAUCAAGAUCAAGAAACCGCCCAGACCAUCGAAACAGUCGCUCGGUGCUUCCCAGCAGCAGGUACAGGCAGCUCCAAGGAAAUCUCUCGAAAACGAAGUACAAAAUAAUGAUCUCAGCAGCAAAACGAUCACAUCGGGUUCGCAGGAGCGGCAGGUGAAAUCGACGAAACCACAUGUCCCAGAUGCUCAGGGCAAUACCGGGCGGGUGAAGAAUAUCUCACACGUAAACAUAAACGUUAGCUCGGAUGCUAUCCCGGAGGAAGAUGAAGCGAUCGAGGGUAGCGUACGUGGUGGUGGCGGGAAGGGCGCCGAAGACACGGCGGACGAUAAGUCAUUCUACAGCAUCAGCACAUUCACGAUCGAAAGCAAUACGCUUACGAACGCGGGCAAUAACAACACGAACGCGUCGUCGAAAAAAUCGUUCCGCAGCAGCUUCAGCACCGGUACGAGCAAAACGGCCACCAACGAGCUGCCCACCCUGGUAACGAUCCGGACGUACUGUGAGCCUAACUCACUGAUGCAAUCCACAACCCAUGUCAACGAGCGGUACCUGGAGACAAGCUUCGACAACUGUCCCGAGGAAGCUGAGCACGGUCGGGAGAAUAAGCCACAGGUGGUGAAGGUGGUAAAGGACACGCUGGCACCUGUCCCACCGUCCUCCGGUACGAACACCGGUGAGCGACAGCGGAGUCCUUCGCGAAUUCCUCGGAUUAACACGCAAACGUUCAAAAUGAUACGCAGUAAAUCGAGAGACGGUAUCGUAAUACGCAUCCCGGCGAUGGAUGGACAGGAGGCGGAUGGGGUCGAGAACUCGGGCUCGAAGUCGGACAGCGGAGGCCUUAAGGAGCCGGAAGAUAAUCUAAACCGACAGUUGAGCAACGAUUCCGCGCUCGAUCUGAUCGACGUCGACAUCAAGGUGGACGAGAAAGAUUUGCGCCACGGUUUGGGUGGCUCGACGCAAAAUUUGACCAGUGCAGCGACGGACGGAACGCUGGAGCUGAAGAACCAAAAGAACAAGUAUCGUAAGAAGGCGAAAAAGUCAACGACUAGCAAGACGGGCACGCUGGACGUGGAGGAUGCGAAUCAGCAUACGUUUAAGAGCCAUGAAAACUUUGAACUUCAGCGCACUCCCAAGGGUACCGAUCCGACAGCAACCAGUGAGCCGAAGUUUAUCUAUCCGAACAACUAUUUCGAGGAGGAGAACAACAUCUUCUACGAUCAGACACUGUACGAUGAGGCGGAACUACCAUCGCCGGAAAACAGUAUACCCUACGCGCUGCGAAUCAAGGAGAAUCCGUUCACGAAAAACAAGGAGUUCUAUUCGAUCAAUACCGGGCGCAUCUGGAAGCAGCUAAAUCUUGGCCAGCACCCGGAGGAAGACUCGAUACUUUCCACCGCAGGGCCACGCUUAGUGCCACCGCCUAAGGUGAAGAAUGAAUCAUUUAAAUCGAUGUCCUCUCGGGACUCGGGCUUCAGCUUGACACUAACGAAACCGAAGAAUUUGUUCCGUCGAAAGUCGAAGAAGGCAACGCUACUGCAGCGACGCAAGCCACCGAAGCUAGCCGUCAGCCGCGAUGGGUACUUCAAACGGGUAAUGGUGGUGCAGCGUAAUUCCUCGAAGCGAAAGAAAUCGAUCCGCAAGCAGCGCGUCGCCGGGAAGGACAUCUUCCGGGAGUUGUACGAUGAGAACUGGUGCAAGCUGGGCGAUGACUUCAUAGCCGAACCGCCCAGCGCAGAAACACUCGAACCGGAAGCACCCGACUUUGCGCGUGACUUUGAAAACUUUUGCAACGAUCGCCGAUACAAUCAGGAAAUACACGAUCUGGAAGCGUUCUACGAGGAACAUUUGAAGCGCUUGCGGCAUUACUACAUUCAGAAGAAAAAGAUGAAUGAAGCGGCUAUCAAGGAGUUCUAUCGGGAUUAUGGAGCGGGUCGGGCUGCCAUACUCGGAUCGGAUACAGCGAACGUUGGAGGGACUGCUGCUGGACCUGGGCCGGCCGGUGCUGGCGAGGAGCAGGAUGAAGAGAACGACUACUACGACACGUUCAUAGUGACGAAGAAUGAAACGAUCCGCUUCAAGAACAACGCACUGCAACAGCGGUACUUUCAGCAGACGGAUGCCGGCCUGGAGUUUAUGUUUCCCCAUCCGGACAAGCGCAAAAGUGGUCUCGGAGCAGCCGGAGGUUCCAUCGGGCAGGGGAAGUCGGCCAAAGCCGGCAAAUCUGGCACCGGCAGUGCCCACUCGACGACGACGGCUAGUGGUCGGAAGCAACUGUUUCACGAAGUUCGCCCAUUCGGAAGCGCUCUGGAACCACUGAUUGGUGGUGGUGGCGGCGGUGCACACUACACCGAGGAAGAGUUCCUACGGAAUGAUUCGAGUCUGCUCAGCAAACGCAACCAGUCGGCGCUCGUUAACCGCUACAAGGAGACACCAUCGUUCGUUUACAAGCGCUCAAUAUCUGCUCCCUUCGGUGACUCCAAUUUUCAGCUGACGACUGCUCCUGGGGAUGACCUGAAGCGGAUACGAUCGUCCGGUGCGAUUCAGAAUGAAAUCUCGCUGGCAAACGUUUUCCCGUCCGUUAACGGGGACAAAGCGAGAAAUGCACUGCGCCAUCUAUAUAUGGGUAAAAACAACGAUGGUGAAGAUAACGACGAAGAGCCCGAGGACGAGGAUGAGGAGGACGAUGAAGAGUUUAGCGAGAAUGAGUUCUUGAUCAACAGCUUGGGUGAUAACUUAUACUGCACGCGUUGUGACAAGAUGAACAGUGAUUGUGAGUGUUUCGAGGGGUCAGAUUCUGGGUCGCCCAAGGGGAAGGACUCCGGACGUCUGAGCCGACCGCGACUGAAGGGUGGUGCGAAGCGUGUGUACGGUCCAAACGGUGAGGUAGUGAUCGUCGGUGAGCAAGGUGAUGAUGUGCGGGACAAGCGGGAGAACGGUUCGCAAGACGAUGAGGAUGACGAUGAGGACGAGGAGGAGGAGGCAGUGGAUGCGAACGAUGAGAAUUACUGUGAUGUGUUUGAUUACAAUGAUAUCAACAUCAUACACGUGAACCACAAGAAGAAAGUGAAGCGAAAAAAGUCCAAAAAGCGUACCGUGCGGAAAAAUCAUUCGACGCUGCGGCGUGGCAGCUACUGGGGCGACAUUACUCAAAAAGGAUACGAAAAGAAGCGAACAAGACUCUUGCAGCCAUAUCUGCCCAAAAAUGUGCAGCACGGGAGUGGCUCUGGUGGCGGUGGAGGAGGAGGAGGAGGAGGUGGAAGUAACCCCGGUUACGUCAAUGACAUCCAGUCGCAUCUGCAUCAUCCAGCAUCGCAACAGAAGCAGAACAUCUUUGCUUCAUCGGGCAGUGGUGGUGGUGGUGGAGGGGGAGGAGGCGGUGGUAGUAGGGAUAGAAAUGAUCGAACCAGCAGUGGCAGUGGUGGUGGUGGUGGUCAUCAUCACCACUCCUCGUCCCAUCAGCAACGGGAACAGCAGCAACUGCAACAGAAUCGCACGCGUCGCAGUACGCAACGCAAAGUGACGCACAACGAGAAGCGCUAUCACUCAGCAACGGGACGACCGGAUGUGCUGCAGCCGGAAGAAUUGCUCCGGCCAGCGAUACCUCCCGGUUCGGGUAUACCGGUUCAUCAUCUACUGCGCCAACGGCACGCACUGCUCUCCACAACCACUUCGUCCGGUUCCACGUCCUCGGGUGGUGGUGGUGGUGGUGUUAGUGGCCCCGGACGGUCAGAAUCUAUCCCCCCACCACCUGCAGCAACCAGUACCGUUGUGCCAUCGUUGGGUGGGGUGCAACACACCCCACAGCAGCAACAACCCGGACUGUACUCGAGCGCACUGGUGGCGGCCGCCGCCGAUGCACUGUUCAAAGCGAUGCGCAUCUCUCCGCAACCACCACCGACCGCAACGGUUGCACCGGACACGCCUGUGAUAAUGCGCCCGAAAGCGUAUGCUGAGCCGAUGGGCGGAGGUGCACAGCCACCGGAUCCGGACACGGAUCGGACAAGUAAUAAUCCGGCGAAUGGUGGGCCGCCCGAUGGCAAGAAUAGUAGAAAUAAUAGAAGAAUCGGACGGCACGAGAGUCGCUACACCAGUGAAGUACGCCAGGAAGCGGUACAACAAGCAUUAGCUGCACUCAAAAACCGCCCCAAACCUAGCUUGCCAAUGCCAUCCAAACGAAGCUCGGUGCUUAACCGCAGUCCUGAGCGCGAUCAUGACGAUUCAGACUCCAGUACGGAAGAUGAGUCCAUACCGGAGGAAGGUUUGCUGGGAAGAAUAUCCACGCCGGACCGGGACAACUACAAUCUACCCCGUGAUCACAUACUCACACGGGAACCGAUGAAGCUGCCCUCGUCCCGGGACCAUCACCAUUCGCAGCCCCAACCACUGCCGCAGCCGCCGCAAAAGCAAUCGUCCCAGCACGGGCCGCAACAAACCCACCUCGACCGGCGACCGCCCCAAACGAUCCCGACGCAACCGCCAGCGAACACUACACAACAGCACGCGACACUGUCGGAUACGUCGAGUGCCGGUUCGCCGCCGGCCGUCCACCGGAACCACCAGUACCAGAACAAACCGUCGAGCUACGACCUGACCGAUCUGAACGAUUUCCAACCACACCAGCGCACACCGUACGCCGCGCCGGACAUUACACAGUUCAGCGCCAAUACACGGCGCGGUGCGGAUCGGGUAACGCGCUACGUUAACCUGGCAAAUCAGGAACCGGGUGACACGAGCACUGCUGGCCGGUGGAAGGUGUCGGCCAAGAUUCAGCAGCUGCUGAACACGCUGAAACGUCCGAAACGGAGACCACUGCCCGAGUUUUACGAGGACAACGAUAUCGAGCUAGAAAUUGCGGCCAAUCCGAAAGAUCCGAAUGCACCGAAACCGGAGGGUAGCGUGAUGACACCGGUGCAGGGUGAACAGCUGAUCGUACCGUCGGGGCUGCCGCGUACGCUCGAAGCUGCCCUGCAGCGGUACGGUACGAGCUCGUUCAAGGCACCGAUGGCAACGGUGCUCGACCCGAACGGGAAGAUGACGACAACGCUUACCUACGGCAAGCUGCUGUCCCGUGCGCAGAAGAUUGCCUACGCUCUCUCGACGAAGGUGUUCAGUAAGGGACCGGAGCAGGUGUCUCUCAAGCCGGGCGAUCGUGUCGCGCUGGUCUACCCGAACAGUGACCCACUGAACUUCCUCACCGCUUGGUACGGUUGUAUGUUCCGUGGGCUCGUUCCGCUCCCGAUCGAGCUGCCACUGUCGAGCUCGGACUCGCCACCGCAGCAGGUCGGAUUUUUGCUCAGCUCGUGCGGCGUCCAUGUCGCGCUUACCUCCGAAGCCUGUCUGAAGGGUCUGCCGAAGUCGUCCACCGGUGAGGUGGCGAAGCUGAAGGGUUGGCCCCGAUUGCACUGGUUCGUGACGGAGCAUCUGCCGAAGGUGCCGAAAGAUUUCAACACCAACAACAACCGCAUCAGCGAGGACUCGAAUGCGUACAUUGAGUACACCACGGACAAGGAGGGCAGCGUGAUGGGCGUAACGGUAACGCGCCAAGCAAUGAUCAACCACUGCCGAGCGCUCACGAUGGCCUGCCACUACACGGAAGGGGAAACGAUCGUGUGUGUGCUCGAUUUCAAGCGCGAGGUCGGUCUGUGGCACAGCAUUCUUACGUCGGUGUUGAACGGUAUGCACGUGCUGUUCAUACCAUACGCACUGAUGAAGUUGCGCCCGUCGUCGUGGAUGCAGCUCAUCACCAAAUACAGAGCGUCCUGCUGUCUGGUGAAGAGUCGCGAUCUUCACUGGGGUCUGCUGGCCACUAAGGAUCACAAGGAAAUCUCGCUGUCGUCGCUCCGGAUGCUGCUGGUGGCGGACGGUGCCAAUCCGUGGUCACUGUCCAGCUGCGAUCAGUUCCUGAGCGUGUUUCAAUCGAAGGGUCUCCGACCGGACGCCAUUUGUCCGUGUGCAAGCAGCUCGGAAGUGUUUACGGUAUCGCUGCGCCGACCGGGCCGAUCGGCAGCCGGCGGCUACAACCAGUCGGCAACCGGGCGAGGCGUUCUGUCGAUGUCCGCACUGUCCCAUGGUGUGGUGCGGGUUGACAGUGAAGAUUCGCUCACAUCGCUUACGUUGCAAGACUGUGGUCAGGUUAUGCCGAGUGCUACGAUGGUUGUGGUUAGUGCGGAUGGGUCUCCGGUUCUCUGCAAAACGGAUCAGGUUGGUGAAAUCUGCGUUACUUCCGGUUCGAGCGGUACGGCAUACUACGGCUUGGAAGGAAUGACAAACUCCACCUUCAAGGUUCAACCACUGCUGGAAGCACCCGUCACGAAGGACGGCGAAACCAUUCCGGGCAAACCGAUCGGCGAUGAAACGUAUGUGCGCAGCGGACUGCUCGGAUUCCUCGGUCCCGGUGGGCUCGUGUUUGUGUGCGGCUCCCGGGACGGUCUGAUGACCGUCACGGGCCGCAAGCACAACUCGGACGACAUUAUUGCGACGGUGCUGGCCGUCGAGCCGAUGCGCUUUAUCUACCGCGGCCGUAUUGCCGUGUUCAGCAUUAAGGUGCUGCGCGACGAGCGUGUGUGUGUGAUUGCCGAGCAGCGGCCCGACUGCUCGGAGGAAGAAUCAUUCCAGUGGAUGUCCCGGGUGCUGCAGGCUGUCGAUUCCAUCCACCAGGUCGGCAUCUACUGUCUGGCGCUUGUACCACCGAACCAUCUGCCAAAGACGCCCCUCGGCGGUAUCCAUCUGACUGAGGCGCGCCGCCGGUUCCUGGAAGGUUCGCUACACCCGGCCAAUGUGCUCAUGUGUCCGCAUACCUGCGUGACCAAUCUUCCAAAACCGCGCGAAAUUCACCACGGCUCUAUCCAACAACUUCAAAUUUCCGGAACGUCAUCCUCUGCCACGAACAUUGGCGGCGUUGGUGGACUCGGCACGGGCACCGGUACCGGUGGUACGGGCACGGCUGUCGGUGGCGCCGGCGGUGCAGAUGCCUCCGUUGGUCCGGCCUCGGUAAUGGUCGGCAAUCUGGUGCAGGGCAACCGGCUUGCCUCUGCCCAGGGCCGCGAUAUCGGUCUGGCCGACGAUAACGAACGUAAGCAUCAGCUUAUUACGGGCGUGCUGCGAUGGCGUGCAAACUCAUCACCCGACCACGUCCUCUACACGUUGCUCAACUCGAAGGGUGCGGUCGCGAAAACGCUCACCUGCUCGGAACUGCACAAGCGGGCGGAAAAGAUUGCCGCCCUGCUGCAGGAACGGGGCAAGGUGAAUCCGGGCGAUCAUGUGGCACUUAUCUUCCCGCCCGGACUCGAUCUGAUCUGUGCGUUCUACGGUUGUCUGUAUCUGGGUGCCGUGCCGGUUACCAUACGGCCACCGCAUCCGCAGAAUCUCAUCACCACGCUGCCGACCGUGCGGAUGAUCGUGGACGUGUCCAAGAGUGGCAUCAUCCUGUCGAUACAGAGCAUCAUCAAGCUGCUGAAGUCGCGCGAGGCGGCCACAUCGAUCGAUCCAAAGAGCUGGCCCACCAUACUGGACAUCGAGGACAACCCCAAACGGAAGCUGGCCGCUAUCGCUAACAGCACGCUAGAUUCGACGGCCUAUCUAGACUUCAGUGUGUCCACCUGCGGUCGGCUAAGUGGCGUUAUCAUCACGCAUCGAUCACUAUCGAGUCUCUGUGCCAGUCUGAAGCUUGCCUGCGAGCUGUACCCUAGUCGUCAUGUAGCACUCUGUCUUGAUCCGUACUGUGGCCUUGGCUUCUCCAUGUGGACACUGAUCAGCGUGUACAGCGGUCACCAUUCGAUACUGAUUGCACCGUACGAGGUGGAAGCCAAUCCUAGUCUCUGGCUGAGCACACUGUCCCAGUACCGUGUGCGCGACACAUUCUGCUCGUACGGCGUCAUCGAGCUGUGCACCAAAGCGCUUAGCAACUCCAUUCAGGCACUGAAGCAGCGCAACAUCAACCUGGGCUGCGUGCGCACCUGUGUGGUGGUGGCCGAGGAGCGUCCGCGCGUCCAGUUGACGCAACAGUUCUGCAAGCUGUUCCAGGCGCUUGGGCUGAACACGCGCUGCGUAUCGACCUCGUUCGGAUGUCGCGUCAAUCCGGCCAUCUGUGUGCAGGGUGCUAGCUCGGCCGAAAGUGCUCAGGUGUACGUGGACUUGAGGGCGCUGCGCAACAAUCGGGUUGCGCUGGUUGAGCGCGGUGCACCGAACUCGCUCUGCCUGGUGGAGUCGGGCAAGCUGUUGCCGGGCGUGAAGGUGAUCAUUGCCAACCCGGAUUCCAAGGGACAGUGUGGCGAUUCACAUCUCGGGGAGAUUUGGGUCCAAUCACCGCACAACUCGAACGGCUACUUCACGAUCUACGGUGACGAAACGGACUAUAACGAUCAUUUCAACGCCAAGCUGGUGACGGGCUGCUCGACCAACGAUACGUGGGCCCGCACCGGGUACCUUGGGUUCCUCCGGCGCACCGAGUGUUCCCAGGCCGGCUCGAUACUGGACGAAACCACACCGAGCAUAGCUAGUCGCGAUUCGGACACCGAAUCAAUUCAUUCACAGGGUCACAACACACUAAACUCCACGACGAGCUCGAACGCGGGCAAUACGGUGGCGACGGUCGGGGCCGGUAACGAGCAGGAGCUGCACGAUGCCGUCUACGUGGUCGGCGCACUGGACGAGGUGAUAACGCUGCGCGGCAUGCACUACCAUCCGAUCGACAUCGAGAACUCGGUGCUGCGAUGCCACAAGAAGAUCGCCGAGUGUGCCGUCUUCACCUGGACCAACCUGCUGGUGGUGGUGGUCGAGCUCGAUGGGAACGAGUCGGAAGCGCUCGAUCUGGUACCGCUCGUCACGAACACCGUGCUGGAGGAGCAUCAGCUAAUUGUCGGUGUGGUCGUGGUUGUCGAUCCGGGCGUUGUACCGAUCAACAGUCGCGGAGAGAAGCAGCGGAUGCAUCUGCGGGACGGCUUCCUCGCCGAUCAGCUCGAUCCGAUCUACGUUGCGUACAACAUGUAAAAUCACCCGUGUGAUAGUGUGAUGGUAGAAUCCGGACAUCCGGUCGUUCGCUCGCUCUCUCCCUCUCUCCGGAAGGUGGUGUAAAUGUGCAGCACAAUUUCUCCAGUCCCGCGCCGUAUUUCAAUCCAAGCAACCAACGACACAUGAUGAUGGGAUGGAGGGAUGCUAAUGGAACGCACAACUUACGUUUAGGGACAGAGCGGUGUUUAGAAUGAACGAACAAAGCAUGCUUUGAAACUUCUAGUAACCACUAAAACGGGGCGCGUACACUACUAGCCAUACACAUAUAAGAUAAUUCUUUCUUACUCUUAUUCGAUUCGAUUACUGCCAAACUCUGUGGGAACGGUGGGGAAAUCCGCUCCGAAUCCCCCGCUCCCCCCCCCCCCCCCUGCUGUGCGACGAAACAUGUACAUUGGCCAGCGUAAUUCUACUUGAAAAAAAACCUCCCCCCACUUCAUAGCCAUUCUCUUGUAGCUGCUAGUUUUACGUUCUUUAGAAGAAAGUAUCUACUAUAAACCCGUGGUUUUGUGAUCGAUUGUGCUGCGCGUGAGGAUAUGUAGGAAUGGUUCGGUUGUUUUUAAGGUAUUAAACACACACACUCACGCGCACGCGCGCCUGCUAAGCGUUAGUGCAGAAGGGAAUGGGUGGACGGCCACACAUCCUGGUUGUUUCCUUCCUUCGGGUAGCUUUACUCUGUACAUACCAUUUAAGCCAUUAAUAGGAAGCAGAAGGCCAAGGUGUGGACAUACGAACAUAAAAACACACACACAGUUAUAAAACCGAUUAAAUGAUUAAAUUUAAAGGAAGCAGCAGCAGCACGGCAGCAGCAAGCGAUAGGCAAAUUAGUUUGAAAGCUCUCUGAUUCAACACUUGUUGGUGGUGUCUCCUUUCGAGUCCCCGUGUGUGUGCGUGUGUGUGUAAGGACACGAUUGACGCACGAUUAUUCCAUAUUUGCGUACAUAUAUAUAUAUGAAGAACAAAUCAACAAUACCAUACAUAUAUUAGCGUACCUUUCGAGGCGCCCGUACACCGUGGCGUGCGCAUCAUUGUCCUCUCUCAUUACUAAAGGGCAAGUUUUUUGUUGUGUGUGUUUCGACUGUCUCACUGGCACUGUGCGGUGUAGGAUUACGCGUUCGUUUUCUUCCUCUUCUCUUGGGUAGCAGGAUUGCAUACUAAUACUUCCUUUUUGUGAUUAUUAAGCUAUAACCAUAUAUGCGAUGUGGUGUGUCCACGCGUAUGUGUGUGAGUGUGCGUGUGUGUGACACGAAACAGGGUCUACCAUCCUUCUCUUCGUGUUAGAUUAGAUUAAGGCAACAAGGCACACUUGCUAUCGUUUCUAAGUAGGCAUUAGGAGCCCCUGAAAAAGAUCGAUCCUUCCCAUUUGUUUUUUUACUAACUAUUAUCCUUUGUACACAAUGUGCUGUUAAACAGUAUUGUUUUUUUCUUCCUCCCCCCACUCCCCCCUCCCACCUCUCGCUCCUUUUGUUUCGGUAUCUCUUCCUAAUGUUUAAACACUUUUCGGUUUAUAAGUCGAUAGUCGGACGAACGGAAGGGUUGUAUACAGGAACGCGGAGCGCGAUCGAAUGAUGUGAGUGUAGUGGUAGCUCGUAGAAAGCAGAAAGAACACAUUAUACUACAGUAAGAAUAGUUAACGCAGUAAACAAUAGCAUUAGUGUUGAAUUUCUUUUAUUUUUGUUUGCUUUUCUGUUCCGAAAAAUGGUUUAUAGUUUUAGAACGAAUCUUAUCCACACUUUCCCCAUUCUAGUCUCCCGCUGGCCCAUUUGUUUCCGUAAAGCAAGCGACUUAUGACAAGAAGACGCUGGUGAGGUUUUGUUGCAUGUAAGUACCAAGCACUUUCCUUACUUGGCAGGUGUAGAAGAGAGAACCCGGACACACGCAGUACUCUACUGUUUAGUACAUCUAAUCGAUUUUUCUCUCUAGCUGCUCGUAUGUAGAAAUUUAGUAAAACGAAACAAACCAAUAAAAAUUCACUUAACGUAAAACGAGAGGCAUGAUGAUAGAGUUCUCGUUCGUAUUCGUUUAGCUAGAAAACACAGUUCCACCGGCUGUGUGGGUGGUUAGGAAAAGUUCGCACAGACACACACACACACACCAACACACACAUACACCCAGACACCGACUGCGAACACCGUCAAUAGUGAGCAGGACCUGUUUAGCAUUAGAAAGGAUAAUAAAUGUAUUUCAAUUAAAAGUCA